AACCCUAAAGAUGUCAGACAUUCCGGUUGAAGUUAUCGCCGACAUACUCUCACGAUUACCGGUGAAAUCCCUUCUGCGGUUCAGAUGCGUAUUGAAAUCAUGGUGUGCUCUGAUCGACAGCCCACGUUUCAUCAAAUCGCAUCUCAAUCGAUCGAUCAAAACCAACACUAAUCACAGCUUCAUCUUUAGAAUUGAAAACCUUUACUCCAUAGACUUGGAUUCUCUGGAUCAUGCCGUACGGCUUGACAAUCCUAUCAAGAAUGAAGAAGAAACCGAACUGGUGGUUUCUUUAGAUGGCUUGGUUAUUUUGUGCAACCCUUUCUACAACGAAGUCAUACUAUGGAACCCUUCCACUCGAAAACACCGGAAGCUACCGGUCUCACAGGUUGAGUUCCCGUCUGGAUGUCUCUUUAUCAAUUUUACUACUUUGGGGUUAGGGUAUGAUUCUGUCAGUGAUGACUACAAGUUGGUGAGGAUGGUACAGUUUGUUGGCAAAGACGACGAUUCAUUUCAUUCUGAAGUUAAGGUUUAUAGUCUAAAAUCAAAUACAUGGCGAAGGGUUGGAGAUUUCCCUUAUCACCUUCUACACAGGGUUUUGCCUGGUAUCACCAUUAAUGGGGCUCUGCACUGGGUUGUGACUCCAAAACCCAAGUGGGAUACGGCCAGUUUGAUAGCUUCUUUUGAUCUUGGGGUUGAGGAAUACAGGUUGGUGCCAAAACCUGAAUGUUUGGAUGAGGAUAUUGUUCCUUUAUUUGUUGUUACCUUAGGAGAUUGCCUUUGUAUUGUUUGUAAAUAUCCUGGAGGCCGAGUUGAUACAUGGGUGAUGAAGGAGUAUGGAGUAAAGGAGUCUUGGACUAAAUUGUUUUCUAUUGCUGAACCAAGUAUGUUUGGGUCAUUUCAUUUUCUGAGGCCUCUGGCCUAUUCAAAGAGCGGUGGGGAAGUACUUUUGGAACUUGACAAUGCAGGGCUUUCCUGGUAUGACUUGAGAAGGAAAAGAGUAAAACAUAUUCCAAUUCGUGGUUUAGAGGGUUUUGUAGAAGGUAAUAUUUGUGUUGAAAGCCUUGUUCCAGUUCAUGGUGAUGAUGGUGGAAAGGAUGGUGAGAAGCAGCAACCACAGAAGAAGAUGAAGCCAAACAAUAAAAAGAAGAGAGAUGGUUUUCUGUCAAAGGGGUUCAAGCUGGUGCUUUAAGAAACUGGAAGAGCAAAGGAGCGAGAAGGUGCAGAC